AUGAGGUCAACACACCUCAGGACAAAACACAACAACAUUGCUCUGGAGUGUCGGCGCAGGUUGGUAGAGCAGGUCAAAGCAAUCCCAAAUCUUCUCCAAGACCAAGCUAAGCUUCGACUACCACGCAUACCGAUUGAACCGAUUUCUUGCCUUGCUGCACCGAGAUUGGACGGACGGAAGUGCCGGAAAUGUGGCUGUAUGUUCCGCCAAGCCCAAAAGAUGAGGCUCCAUUGUACGAAGGAGCACCUCUGGAAAAACCCACGAGAGAGAGGAAGGCCAAUAUCAGGUCUAGAGCCAUCUGCUGAAUUACCAUGGAUUGAGGGCAUUGCGUGUCAACGGUUCUUCCCUUCUCGGGAAGGUAGCAGAUGGUUCGAGGUCCUUCAAGGAACUAAAAAAUCCAAGAAGGGAGCAAGACUCGCAAAAUCAUCUCGGCCUGAUUUGAGCAAAGAUAUCCGAAGCCUGAACUGUGAGGCGCGCGCCCAUCUAAGUGAUGUAUUAGAGCGAGAGGAGAAUUUUUUUGACCAGAUGAAUCAGCCACGCAUGGGUGCCAAGGACUUGGGCAGCGAUGCUCUUGCAUCUACCGGCCUAUGGCCAGAGAGAACUCAAUGGCGGGUCAUCUUUGAGAACGCUCGACGUGAUAUCCUACGAGCAAUGACGCGGUUACCAGAUCGACAUUCAUUGAUGUCAGACUAUGUUAUGGCACAAGGGUGCCAGCAAAGGGAUUUGUGUAUUAGGAGCUCCUACGUGGAUGAACAGAAAAUAUCGUGUACCAUGAGGGCAUUAGACUUUGUGAUAGAUCGCUGCGAGAACACAGUCCGUCACACAGGCCGCACCCUCUUAUGCUGGCUUUCGAGUCCGAAGCUCCAUGUCUAUCGCGAAAAUCCAUUCUGUCUUGUGGCAGAGAAGAGCAGCGAAACUAGAUAUAGGGUGCUUAGAAACGCUUUCUUACAUUCGUUAUCCGACUUUAUAGGAUGUCGAAUGCUCUGCAAGGAGAAGUGGCCAACUUUCGGUUGA